AUGGCGGGCAUGCAGCUCGUGUACCGCAGCACCUGCUCGGAGCUCAGUCCUCAGGAGCGCGUAGCGGUUUUCGCCGAGGAGCGCGUGAAGGGAAAGGCCACCAAAAUUGCCGCACGCGCCCUUUGUCGCAUCAUGCGUGGAGGCCAUACCAACGCCGACGUGCAGACUGUGCUUCAGCAGCUCUCCUUCCAUUCGUCGACAACGGUGCCAAAGCACUACCUGCUUGCCUCGCCGUCCUCCAAGCGGACCUCCUCCCAGUGGAAGCAGCAUCCUCACAUCCUCAACGCACAGACGCACAACCGAAGCUACGCGUGCCGGCUACGGCGCCAGCGCAGGGCCAGCAUCAUCGAAGACCACUACUUCCGCGUGCCCAAGACCCCACUCCCGCUGUCGUACGAGGCGCAGUGCGAUAUCGACUACGUGGCGGGCCGCCAGCACCGCGGACGUGUGCAAGUGGACAGCGGCUACGCGCCUCUCUUCUCGAAGUCGAGCACGUGGACACCAGAGGCAAUGACGACGGCAGAGCGCUGCGCGCUGCAGUGCCUGACCCCGCCUGAGCGCAGCCCAAUGAUGGAGACGCUGGAAAAGCUAAAAUCGCAGGGGCAUUACAAGCCGUCAGACCCGAUGGCGCGCAUCCGCUUUAAUGAACCGGCGCACAUGCCGAACCUGCAUCGCCGCAUCCCAGCAGAAUGUGUGCCUGCCUGCAGCACGAAGCCGACAAUGUGCUUUGAGAAGCACUGCGAGGGCAACGCGGAACGUGCCACGCACAACAUGGCGGCGAAGGAGUACGCAACGUGGCACUGGUAG